ACAGGCACCGUGACAGCGCCAGGCCCGGCACGAGCCCCCGCCGCCUGCACACGGGCCCCGCCGCCGCACCAUGAAGUGGAUGUUCAAGGAGGACCACUCUCUGGAGCACAGAUGUGUCGAGUCGGCAAAAAUCCGAGCCAAAUACCCUGACCGUGUCCCGGUCAUAGUGGAGAAGGUCUCAGGAUCUCAGAUUGUUGACAUUGACAAGAGGAAGUACUUAGUUCCAUCUGACAUCACCGUGGCCCAGUUCAUGUGGAUCAUCAGGAAGAGGAUUCAACUGCCGUCUGAGAAAGCAAUAUUCCUCUUUGUAGACAAGACUGUCCCACAAUCCAGCUUAACUAUGGGACAACUUUAUGAGAAGGAAAAGGAUGAGGAUGGAUUCUUGUAUGUUGCCUACAGUGGAGAGAACACAUUUGGUUUCUGAAUGAUGCACUUAAAAUGGCAAUAAAACAUCAAGAGAUUUCCUUUUGAAAUGCAGAGAUGAAAUGCAUCCCUUUAGAUAGCACAGUCACUCUUGUAAAAUUAUGAAAAGCAUUUGGGUCCCAUGUGAUCCUCGCUUUCUGCUAACCCUUCAGGCCUGGGAAAGCAUUUAAAUUUAUACACUGAUCAGAAAACAAAAAAAUACCUCACAAUUCCUACAGCAACCCUUCUACAUCACCUAUGUUCAAGAUAACUUGAAAUGUCAUCUCCAAUAUAACUAAACCAAUACUAGAUGAAUUUAGAUGGUCUUUCCUCAAAAAUUUAUCUUGCUUCUACCUGUAAACUACUGCUGCAACCCUCUUAUAAUGACAUUAUCAGAUGCUUGGGAUGGUUGUGCUUUGAGAGAAAGAACUUCUGCUCAUAGCCCCUCAACUAUGGCUCCCAAUUUUACUCCAACGCCUUUCUUUCCUCCCUACCAACAGUAGCUUCCCAGAAGUAACUCACACUUCAUUUCCAUGCUCGUGCCUCAAGCGUUUUCUCCUGGUCUGGUUUCAUAACCAGUUAAUGGUUUGUAACAAGCAAAAGGAAGCAGCAGCGCAGCCCUAGCUCAUCCUUUUCUCUAGUGCUUCUGGGCUUAUGGCUAAGAUGAUUUAACUCCUAGUGAAAAGCUACACUGGGUUUUGGGCUCAUGGCUUGUUUUUUUAUGAAGACAGUAAUUCAAUUUACUCUGAACGUACUGAGAUCAGUAAGUGCUUCAGCCUGCCUAAGGUGAGCAGUGGAAGCACCCUGCAAAGAUCAAAACCUUGCUUUUUCAAAGGUACUGAGACGUUAGCAUGUUGUCUCAUGAACUGCAGCCUUCCGCUCAGACUGUUUACUUCUACACUUGGACAAAAACACUUGUUUCCAUGCUCUGGUUUUGACUUCCUUAAAGAUAAGAAGGUGGCCCUGCCUUGUUACUGUGAUUGAAAACAGAAUGGUGUCUCCAACAGUGAAGCUGUUAAAGACAUCCCACUAAAAACAAGGGUUACAGUUUCUUUGUUCUG